AUGUCGCUCAACAGCUCUCCCUCGGAUUGCAUCGAGCCUGUCAACACAGACAAACAUAAAACAAGACGCGUUCCGGAAACGCUUCAAGUGACCCUCCAGAAUCUCGGCAGUGAGGCGACACCGCGGUUUUUUACGUUUGAUGCAAACUCAGAGCGCGUGGAUGAGAAUACCGCUCUUAUUGAAGAGCAAAAGCGGCACGCAUCGGAGAACGGUGGCAAGAGCAAGGACCCCUUCAACACCAAGAAAUGGUGGCGCGCGAGGGCGACGAUGAAAAGUUUGUCCAAGAAUUCGACGCCACAGCGUAAACGAGGCCGCGCUCCGGAUAUAACUGCGCGUUAUCCAUCUGCUGGAGGUGGCGGCAAGCAGAAACGGCCCUCACGAAGCACUCGCCCUCCUUCCCCGCCCCCCGCACAUUUAUAUGCUCAGCGGCCUUCUCCGACGGCCAACGGCUCCGUUGGACGCGAGACCUUGGAGAACAUAGAACGUGCGUACGCUGCCCAUCCCUCUCGCGCCACCACCGGCAUCCUCUCCGGCGCUCCCCCGUCGAUCUAUACGACCACCUACCAGACCCCACCUUGGCGCGAACCCAUCUCGGAGCGACCAUAUCGAUUCCCACCCCAGUCGUGGCAGGCUGCGGCAUCUUCAGAGCCCGUUGACGUCAGGCAAGUGUCUGCUCGCCACCAUGUUUAUGCUCGCGGCCACCACCGCGACGCCGCCUACGGCCUCCCUUACUAUCCCUAUCCAAGCCCGCUCGUCAUCGAUGAAACCGAUGGUGACCCUUUUGCUCAUCCUGCGGCUUUAAGCGAUGGUGCCAGUGCUCGCCACUCAGGGCCUGAAAUGUAUGACUCGCCCCCAAUGUACGACUCCCAGGGGCGCGACGUGAUUGAGAAGAUCAGUUACAAUAUCCAUCCUCAACCAUCCUACCAACUCAACGAUGAGGAGACUUUUCACGGAGCGGUCGAUAGCCAUCGGGGCCUCGCCCACACGGAUACUUCCCGACUUACGACGCGCGUCUCGCCGCCGACCUUCAUUCGGGAGGAUCAGGCGCAACAUGCGCCUACGUACGGAGCUUCGCGUCUUUCGGAACAGCACGCGGCUCACGCCCGCAUCGACUCGCGCUCCGCCGAUUACUAUGGCCCGUCGCACCUCGGCGUGACGUACAACCCAACGUAUAGCGACAUCCUGCGCUCGGACACCGUGCCGCACUACGCCGGCUCUUCCUCUUCCUCCGACUCGGAAUUGCCCGUCGACGCGCCCUAUGGACUCAGUGGUGCGCCAGCCUAUGCGGCCCCUUGGACCGCUCCAACUGCCCCUACGCCCGACCACGUCUUCGCACAUCUCGCACAUCAGCAUCAAGCCGUGUCUUUCCCGUCCGCAGGUUUUCCCUCGAUUCCUGACCAGCUUCCGUCCACGCGCGCUGACUUCAACACCUCGCCGGUCGACCUGCUAGAUCGGGCCACUGCGUACGAUCAGCCCUUCAGCGACAACGCGCGCGAGGCCUACUUGCAGCAUGGAUGGCAGAUGCAUACCCACGCUCCUGCAGCGUUCACACCAGAGCAGCCGGCACUCGAUCACUCCGCCACGGAUCGCUAUCCGCAGGACGCCCAAUCCGCAUCUUUGUACGCUCAGGAUUACGAUGCUCAGGGCCAUCCUAUCGAGCCCCAAUUUCCCGACCUGCAAGCUGGACAUCAGCGCGAGCAAUUCUUCAUGGCCAAGCGUUCACCGUCGUCUAAUCAGCAAGAAGCACGUCGACAGCUCCCAUACGACGCGGCCGAACCCCCACUGUCCCCGCGGGCGGCUCGAGCUCAAGACUUUGCGCAGGCGGCUCACUAUCUGAGGAUCGCACUUCAUCCCGGAUCGAUCUCCCCCAACGUAUAUCCGGCACCGCUCGAACAGAGCCCUUUAGUCGGCGACCUCCUUCACGAGCGGAGCUACGAGUCACACGAUCCUCAUCUCCGAGCUGCCUCUUUUGCUCAGCCCUACGGCGUUCGUUUCUUUGGCGACACAGACCCGCGACAAGUCUCUAGUCUGCUUGCCAGAGGUGAACACGAACAUGACCUCGUGGUCGAGGGCCCGUCACUGCACAAUCGCCAGGGAGCACACCCCGCCAGCCAGCUGCUGUCAUACGACGCCGCCCUUUCGCUAAAUUCGACUCCGGUUGGCGGGCCACCGGUGUGGGCCAGUGAACGAGAUGGCGAUCUACGUACCCAUUCAGCGCCGGUAUACCCAGUACAGACGGCCCGAUAUCAAGAGGACGUGCAUCAUCCCAAGAUGAUCCCCGAAGACCCCAACAGCUCGUCCAUGGCGUAUCCGCCUCUGUUCGAUUUCGUUCCUGCUGUAACCUCGAGCCCGUCUUACGAGGCGGGCUACGACAACACCGAGGGCGUUGUCAGUUACUUUGUUCCGGAAGGCGAUCCGUACGCGGCUGACUCAUCGUCGUACGCAUUCUCGCAAGGCUCCUUCGUUCUCCAGCAGCUGAACGUCCCACACCCGCGGAUGGUCGACGCGGGCAUUGAUGUUUCGCAGCUCAACCCGUGUUUUCCUGUCCGGAAGUAG